CCUCACAAAGUUUCCACCCUUACCUUACCCCUUCCGAACCAGCUCCAAGACAUCUACAACCCUCCAAAUCCACAAUGCCAUUGACACUGAUCGUUUUCCUUCAACGGAAGUCCGGCACCACCCCGGAGUUCUUCAAAGACUACUACGAGAACCAACAUAUCCCCCUCGCCAAGGAGAUAGCGCGCAGUUCAUUCCCCACUCAUCACCGACGCCACUAUCUCGUCCGCCACCCCCGCAAUCCCACGUCAACGGAUCCCUCCAACGCCAACUACGUCCCCAAUGUGUUCGCAGGCGAAGCGGAAGAUUUCACCUGGGAUGUGUACGUCGAAAUGAUCUUCGAAGACAUGCAGCACUUGCAAGCUUUCCGAGCCGCCCUGGACGCGCAGAGACAACGUCUUGCAGAUGAUGAGAAGAACUUCAUGGACCGUAGCAAGGUUUAUCUGGCUGAGAUUGAGGGCCCGUUUGGUACUGGCCUAUGAAAAUUGUAUGCAUCGUGGUGGUAAUGAGGAUGGGAGAGAUACCAGCCAGAUUGAGUAUCGAUGGGAUUCAGGUUUUAUAUGUCCUAUACUAGGUUAGUAUGCCUUUUUUUUGUUUUUUUGUGGAGCACCACGAACAGUUUGAUCUUUCGCACCAUUUUGUUCUAGACCCAGAUAUCGUUGGCGAGUGGCUUCAUGGUCGUGAUGUAAUGAGGGC